AUCAUCUUCAACUGUUGCGUUACAUAAGUGCAUGGACAAGAUAUCCGUGACACAGGUAAAUGACGUUUUCUACAUAGAUCAAUUCGAUGGUAAUGCACAUAUUCGUGGAACCUUACAUUUAACUCUGACGCACAUAUUUUUUCUUGGAUUGUCUCGAAAACAGGAAAUAUGGUUACCGAAUCAACUAAUUUCUUCAGUUGAACGUCUACCGUUAACUACUGGUGGUGCACCUUUGAUUAUACGUGGAAAAGAUUUCCGUGUAAUUCGUUUGGUUGUAUUAAAAGAACGAGAUUGUCACGAUGUUUAUUCAACAUUGACACGGUUACUUCGUGUUGCACAUGUGUCUGCACUCCCGUGUUAUCAAUUUGUUCCGCCGGAUUGUUAUUGGUCUCGAGAAGAAGGCUGGUCAACAUUUUCACUUAGGUCUCAGUAUGAUCGAUUUGGAUUACCUAAUUAUUUUUGGAGUCUAACUAAUGUUAACAAAAAUUUUGAGAUAUGUGAUACUUAUCCACCCGUAUUAUAUGUUCCAAGUAUGGUAUCAAAGAAUAUUUUGUAUGGAAGUUCACGUUUUCGCAGUCGUGGCCGAUUCCCAGUCUUAACUUACUUACAUCCAAAUGGGAAGUCAGCUUUAUGUCGAAGUAGUCAACCGUUAGCAGGUUUUUCAUCGAAAUCAACCGAAGACCAAGUACUUUUAGAAGCUAUACGUAAUUCAAAUCCCGAUUCGAAUAUAUUAUAUGUUGUUGAUACACGACCAGCAAUUAAUGCAUUUACUAAUCGUGCACAAGGCAAAGGUUAUGAAGAUACAAAUGUUUAUCGUAAUGCUGUCAUACAAUUUUUUGAUAUUGAAAAUAUCCAUGUUGUUCGUUCAUCGUUAGAAAAAUUACUAAAAGUAUGUUGUAAUCCAACAGUUAAUGUGGAACAAUUUACUUCUGGUUUAAAUAAAUCUGGUUGGUUGAAACAUUUACAUGCUAUAUUAGAAGCAGCUUAUUUUGUCGCAAAACGAUUAGAUGAAGGAAAUUCUGUACUUGUACAUUGUUCCGAUGGAUGGGAUCGUACUGCUCAAGUUUGUGCCCUAGCUCAAAUUAUAUUAGAUCCAUAUUAUAGAACAUUUCUAGGGUUGCAAGCUUUAAUUGAAAAAGACUGGAUACAAUUCGGUUACAAAUUCACUGAACGAUGUGGUUUAGUGUCAGGCGCUGAUCCUCGUGAAAUCUCCCCAAUAUUUACACAAUUUCUUGAUUGCUUACGACAUUUGCUAGAAAUCUGCCCAACUAAAUUUGAAUAUAAUAUUAAAUUACUAAAGUAUUUACAUGAUCAAAUUUAUUCAGCCGUUUAUGGAACAUUUAUUGGAUGUAGUGAAAAAGAAAGAAUCAAUUUAAAAGUUCAACAACGCACUUACUCUUUAUGGGGUUAUUUAAAUCGAUAUCGUGGCAGAUGGAUCAAUCCAUUCUAUGAACAUAAUUCUGUAUGGACAGAUUUUUCUAUUGACGGGGGUGGCAGGGGUAACUACAAAUACAAUAUAUCAUCUCAUUUUGAAACCGAUGAAUUAAUUACUGUUGGAAUUGAGUUGAUUAAUGAUGGUAAAGGGAAUAGUCGAUAUGCAGCGGAUAUACUACCUGUAUAUAUUCUAUGUGCACCUUUAUUUCGUUUAUGGCGUGAUCUUUAUUUACAUUGGGAAUGGCGUUUGCCUAAAUACGAUUUACAACGUGAAAAUUAUGUUUCGGAUUAUUUAUCCGGUCUGUCAACUCUACUCGAUCACAAUCGACUUUUAGAGGCUAGAAUCGGUCAGUUGCAAGAAUUAUUAAAUUUUAAAAUUGUGUUUGGUAAGAAUAAUCUAUCUAAUUCAAUGGAAAAGUCUAUCACAUCUAAGCUUAUGAACAAUGAUGGAAAUGAACAGACGAUCAUAGAUACUAUCUCCAAUAUAUUUCAUUUUCAACGUACAAUCACAUCGUCACCAAACCUUAACAAUAAUGCUAAUACUCAUUCUCGUGUUCUUACAAAACAGAAUUCAAUUACGAGUGAUCAAAAGCGUUUAUCUCAACCCACCAUUGGACAGUUGAAAUGUGAGAUGAGUAUAAUCAACGUGAACUGGACACAUUGCUUUAAAUCAGGAAGUUUAUGCUGUGUAUGUAAUAGUUUGUUAGCUUUGUCAAAUCAAUCGGUAAGUAUGUAAUACAAGCUACUAAGUAGGCAUGGUUAUGACACGAUGGGCUGUUCAAACGUAUUCACCACCAUAUUUCCGAUUGUUUAUUUAUAUGUCGGAGAUUUUCGUGUUUUAGACUUGUUUAAAUGAAUUAUUGUCUAUCAACCGUAUUUACGCGCUUUCAUACGAUCUUUUUACAAGAAAUCUUAUCAAGAUGUACCAUCAAGCUGAUCCCUAUAAUUUUCUUCUUACUCCUCUAUCUUUUGGAGCAACGAAAAGCAAUUACCAUAGAAUUAAUGCAGCAGAUAUAUUCAGGGAUGAAGAGAAUUGCACUGAAAAAAGACUGAUCCUAGAUAUUGAGCGAUAAAUUACUGUUUAAAAACGAUUUAUACAUAUUUUUCUGAAUAUUUACGAAUAAAAUGUGACAUCCUUAGGGAAUCAGAUACAGGUCAAAUAACAACCUCACGUUAUUGAACAGGACUUGGCUUCCCUCUCCAAGUAAAAAAAUCACAUGUGGUUUGUCGAAAACUUGACCUCAUGUUGUAAGGGAUAGAGAUAUGUAUUCAUCAUUAAGUAGAUACACAUUCUUGAUUUAGUUUUGGUCAUCAAAGCUUCCUUCUCAUUCAACUAGCUGGUUUGGGCUACUGUAUAAGAAGCUUGUAUGUCAGUAUCAGAAUCGGACAACACAAAAAAUAACCGCUCAAACAAGAUGCAACCUGUCAAGUCCGCAGAACAAGCUGUUAGUCAAUUGUAGAGAAAUUUUAAUAACUCACUUCCUUUCGAAGUAUGUAUUGAUGACCUUGUCUAAAAAUGUAAUCAAAACUCUAUAAUUAACCCAUUGAGUAUGGAGGACACCACACCGUAUGAACAUGUUUUGAUAUCACUAUUUUCUUUCAUGUUCUGUGUAAAUGGAGAUAAUUCUGUUAAUUCAGAAGUUGUAGAUUCAUGUAAAGCUAAGUAAGCUUUUGAUAGCAGCAGUUUCUUUCUAGUUCAAAUCCAAAUGUCCAUAAUGUUCCCCGACCGUGGGUUUUCAAAACAGUGACUUUUUGAUAUCGUGUUUACCACAGUGUUUGUAAAAAUCCUGUGGGGAACCGUCUUGUUUAAGGUCAGUGUUUGCACAUCGUCAAGAAGCGUGCCGUAAAGAUGGUACUAUUUAAUUUUGUCACUGAGUUUUUCUACAGUGAAAUUCAUGCUCAAUGUUAUAUAUUGGUCUUUAAUUGUGUUUUUAUUAAUCUUCCGGAAAAACAAACAGGUUCAUUGUCAUUCGUGUGGUCUGCUUACAUGCUCUCGGUGUAUUCACUCAAACCCACCAAAAAUUCCAAGUUUAUGGUCAAAUGAACAAAGAUCUGUACAGUUUUGUAAUCUAUGCGCUUCCGGAUUGCGUAAUAUCUGUAAUUACAGCAGCAGUGCUGACAGUUCUCAUGUAAAAACUCAAAUGGAAUCACUUGAAAUUCCUGCUACUACCACUACUGCAUAAAUAACAGUUGUUUGUCUUUAAAAAAUCCACUGACUUUUGGAUAACUGACUCUGUUUGAUUGGUUGAUAAUUGACAGACACUUGAGUGACACUCAAGUCGAUAUUCAGUUGUUUGUGUUGGCUGGUAAAUGGUUGUCUGUCGUUCUCUUCAUCAAGAUAAUAUGAUUCUAGGCUUCAAGUACUGGCAAACUAUAUAAUUCCCAUUGAAACUGAAUUAUCUGUGAUUUAACUGAUUCCUUUCUGUCUACAAACUAGUAUUUGUUAUUAUUACGUUUGUAUUCAACCGGGUUUCUAAGGUCUAGUACCAUUUUCUCGUUGUACACUUAUUAUUUGCAUAUACAUUAUUUCAUAACAUCACAAUAACCUAUUCCGUUGUUUUUGUUUGUCGCUUGCAAUUUGUUUUCUUUUUCAGUGGAAAUUAUGUGGUAUUUCCUUAUUUCUUUAUUGAUUUUCCCAUUUUUAACUUCUUGUAUACACUCACCCUCUUGGUCAAUGCUGCUUUUGCUGAAUUUUGUUAUCAUUUCAAAGUUGACUUGAUAAUCAGUCGAUAUAGUAACGGUUGGUCGGACGAGGAUUGUUUUCUUUUUUAGUUCUACUUUCCUUUCUCAUACCCCUUAUUCUUGUUAUUAAAACAUUGUAUUUCAUAAUGAGACUUUUAUGGCAGUUUGAUUUGGCUCCAAUUAGAUCGUAUGAUGAUGUUACCAAAAUAUACAUCCUAGCUAUCUUCGU